GCAGCACUAUGUAAGGACUGUGUUUGUCUAAAGCACCUCAUUGCCGUAUGCACCUACCUAUUGAUAAAACGUUCUUCCUAUUUAUACAAGGGUUUAGCCAUCAGUCUACAACUAAGAAAUCUACUUAGACAAGCAGUGCUGCCACCAUCGGUAGUUUGAUGAUUGUUUAGUGAGCUUACAAAUGCUUGAUAUUACAAAUACAGUAACGUAGUUGGACCAUAGGGCUGCUUCCUGGGCUGGGCCAGUUCUUUGUCCGACAACUGACAAGGAUCACGUCUCUCAUCAACACCUUUCCAAGUCUGCGAGCAAUUCAACUAAAACAAAGUUUCUUCAAAUGAUUGACUCUUAUGAAUACUCUAAGUCAUGGAUAGUUAAUUUUUGUGACGAUAACUCGAAGUAACUUGAUAAAAAAAAAGACAUUCUGAAGUUAUUAAACUUGAUCAUGAACCCAAAUGUCCAAUCAGCAAUGUCCCCUGGAGAAUCAGGGUCAGCUAUGACAGGAAUGAUGAGCCACGGUUACCAUAGUGCAAGCCCCAUGUUGCACAUGCAGUCUCAGCCUCACCCAUCGCAACUACCCACUACUGCAAACACUGGUGGAGGACGCUGCUGUGCCGGAUGUGGCGGGAAAAUUGUGGACAGGUUUCUGUUACAUGCUAUGGACAGGUACUGGCACACCGGAUGCCUGAAAUGCUCUUGCUGCCAAGCAACUUUAGCUGACAUCGGUAGCUCGUGUUUCACAAAGGCGGGGAUGAUUCUUUGUAAGAACGACUAUAUCCGUAUGUUCGGUAGCACCGGCGCCUGCAGUGCCUGUGGUCAGGUGAUUCCUGCCAACGAGUUUGUCAUGAGAACCCACGGGAACGUGUACCAUCUUAAGUGUUUUGCUUGCGUCAAAUGUCGCAACCAGUUGGUCCCAGGUGAUCGUUACAACCUGGUCAACGGAAGCGUCUUCUGUGAACAGGACUGCUUGAAAAUCCUUAAAGGUACAGUGUCAACAGGAGGUGUACGGAAAGGAAAGGUUCGAGCCAACUCAGCCAUCAAAGCUGUGUGAACGUAUGGUUUUGUUAUCCCAGUGACACAUGGUUACGAUGGUUAUAGAUUAUUUUACCGGAGACUUAGCCAGUCCUAACAACUUUCACUCGGCGUAUAUAAACGUAUUGUUAUCUACUAGAAAUAGCUUUUCGUAGUUGUGAAACAUUACGUUUUCUUUAUCACCAGAAGGCGAUCAUCGACACGUUUUUUUUUUCGUCAUCCAUACACUCAUAACAAACAACUUGGCUAAUUUAUUAAAAUCACGUCACUAAUUAGUCUGUUCUGUCAUGCCACACAACGUCGUAUGGAAACCAUUUAUGCUUAUUUCUGUGAAAUUAAUCCGAGGAGACUAUUUUUGAAAGAGUGUUGAUAUCAUUCGUAACUGGGAUAAAGAUCAGAGUGGCAGUAGCUUGUUUAAGACUGAAAUGGAAAUCAAAAUAUCUAAUGGUUUCUAGUAAUAGUGUUCUGUAAAUACGCCUAAGUUCUUAAUUACGGUAAUGACAAAAAUAUGCGUAUACGCAUAGUUCAGAUCGCUAAAUAUUUUAUAUAUAUAUAUAUAUAUAUAUAUACUGCGUAUAACAGAUGUUACGUAUUAUCAUUAUUGUUCAUAUGGAAAGUGUUGAUUAACACCACUCAUAAAACUUGUUAUUCUCAGUUCAAGUAUACGACUGUAUUAAGUAUGCGUGAACAAAUGAAGAAAAUAAUUAAGGUAUGUAUGCUUCAAGGAAAUUUAAGGAAGAAAAAUAUCAUAAUGAAAUAUUGUUUGAAUUAUUAUUAUGAUUACUAAGUUACCAAUAACUAACUGUCAGAGUUACCGGUUUGAGAAAAUUGGUAUUUUCUUAGUCCAACUACAGGUAACUGCUCGAUUUGAACUUGACCGAAAAAUAAUUUACCAGCCCUCUAAAGCUAUUUGAGAUGAAGCAUCAAAGGCGGCAUAUUUUCAAUAAAAUAUUAAAUUAGUUAACUACACUACUGUAUUUCUUGCACCACUUCUGUAUAUAAAACUAUUAUGAAAUCGGAUUCGUUUCAUUGCUAUUUAAUCGCACGUUAAAUAAUCUGUGUAAUGUUAUUGUUUGUAAAAGUAACUAAAGUAGUUGCUGCUAGCUUCAGUGGUGUUAACUGUCACAUUGUAUAUUCGGGUUUUCGAACUGUUGUGUCGUCAGAAUUGCUCACAUAUAUGUAUUUGUUGGACGGUUUCUUAAAAGUGUGGUGGCAGUAUUGAAUUUCUGUUAAUUUUUUCAGUGUGACAUUUAAAAGUAUUUGUUUUUCUUUAUGUAUGUAACCUGUAUCAAGUGAUCUGUAGGCUUCAAGAUAAAAAAAUAUUAUGGUUAAUAAACACUCAGUUUUUAGAA